AUGCGUUCCCCAUUCUUUCUCUUCUUUCCACUGUUGACUGUUGCCAGCUGCAACAGUCUGCUUUCCCGUGCUGCCUGCUCCGGGAACACGGCGACCACCAGAUCCCAAUGGUGCGAUUUCAGCAUCGACACCAACUGGUAUGAUGAGGUCCCUGACACCGGCGUCGUGCGGGAGUACUUCUUCGACCUCGAGCAGGUCACCGCCUCGCCGGACGGAUUCGCGCGCACCGUGUAUGCCUUUAACGGUGUGGUGCCCGGACCGACUAUCGAGGCCGACUGGGGCGACACUGUCGUGAUCCACGUGUCCAACAACCUCACUCUGGCGCAGAACGGCACGUCCAUCCACUUCCACGGCAUCCGCCAAAACUACACCAACGAGAUGGACGGUGUGACGGCGGUUACGCAGUGCCCCCUCCACGCGGGCGGGUCAAUGACUUACACCUGGCGCGCCACGCAGUACGGCACGUCUUGGUAUCACUCCCACAUUGGCCUGCAGGCCUGGGAUGGCGCCGCCGGUGCCAUUCUGAUCAACGGGCCGGCCACGGCCAAUUAUGACGUGGAUGUCGGUACGAUCUUGCUCGCGGACUGGACUCAUCGGACUGCGGAUGAGCUCUAUACCUCGGCGUUGACGAGCGGCCCCCCGUUCCUGACCAACGGCCUCAUCAACGGCACCAACACGUGGAACAACUCCGGAACGGUGGUGGGACAUCGCUUCAAUGCUUCCUUCACAGCGGGCAAAACGCACAGGUUGAGGCUGAUUAAUGGCGCCUUGGAUACGCACUUUAAAUUCACAAUUGACAAUCAUACCAUGACGGUCAUUGCGGCCGACUUUGUCCCCAUUGUGCCAUACCAGACCACGGUCUUGGACAUUGGCAUGGGUACGUCACAACUUAGGCAGCUGACUGCCAAUGAAACGCCCGCUAAUGAUGUUAUACAACUAGGUCAAAGAUACGAUGUCGUUGUCAGCGCAGACCAGGAAUCCGUAGCCGAGAACUUCUGGCUGCGUGCUCUGCCGCAGGUGGCUUGCUCCAACAGCGACAACCCCGAUGACAUCCGCGGCAUCAUCUACUACGGCAGCGAGCCCUCGACCCCCAGCACCUCUGUCUGGUCGUACGUCGACGGCUGCAUCGACGAGCCGGUGGCGAGCCUGGUGCCGCACGUGGCGCUCAGCGCCGGCGUGCAGGACCAGUCGGACCUCGAGCAAGUCAGUCUGCUGCCGACGGACAAUGUCGUGCUGUGGGCGCUCAACAACACGUCCUUUUACGCCGACUGGCAGAACCCGACGCUGCUGCAGCUCUACAACAACGCGACCAACUACACCACGCGCAGCCACGUCAUCUCGCUCGACGAGGCCGACAAGUGGGUGUACGUCAUCAUCGAGGCCCAAAACGCCGUCCCGCACCCGAUCCAUCUGCACGGCCACGACUUCUCCCUCGUCGCGCAGGGCUCGGGCAGCUUUGACGCGGCGACGGAUCUGUUCGACCUGACGAACCCGAUGCGCCGCGACGUCGCCAUGCUGCCCGGCUCGGGCCACUUGGUGCUCGCGUUCAAGACGGACAACCCCGGCGCGUGGCUCAUGCAUUGCCACAUUGGAUGGCACACCAACAUGGGCCUGGCGCUUCAGUUUGUAGAGCGCCUCGAGGAGGCGCGCGGGCUGAUCAACUAUGAGUUUCUCAACAAUACGUGCGCCAACUGGGGCGAGUAUACUGCGCUGGCUACCCUUGAGCAGGGGAUUUAUGAUGAUGGUAUCUAG